AGCACAGUCAUAUAUGUUGUGGCUUAAUAAAAUCAAUCAGUCAGUCAGUCAGUUAAUAAGGUAAUGUUCCGUGUUCUUCAGGUUCCGCGGAGAGCAGCGGGGGGCGGCAGGUGGAACUGAUUGAGUCCCUUCCCCUGUGGAACACCAGCUACCCGGGCCUCACCGUCAUUCCCGGACCCAGACCCAUCGCUCCUGCCGUCUUCCUCCAAGGUGAAUCCCGGGAGGUAAGGAUGCCCGAGGCUGUGCAGAAGGCAGCGGCGGCACUGCUAAGCAGCGCGCGGGAGUUCACCAUGAUGGCAACGCUGCAGCAGGAGGACCGCAACGCCGGCACCAUCCUGGCCUUCUCCAGGGGCAACCAGCGCUACCUGGAGCUGCAGUCGUCAGGGAGGAAGGACGAGAUACGUUUACAUUACAUACACAAUGGUGCUGUUCAUGUUGAAACCUUCCCUUACCGCAUUGCCGACCAGCGGUGGCACAAGGUAUCCGUGGUGGUGAGUGGAACGCAAGUAGAAGUUUGGGUAGAUUGUUCUCGUGUAUACCGCCGGCUGGCCCCUCCCCCCAUGACCAACCUGACAGCCCUGGCCUCCCUGGCGCCUCCCGUCGACCCGGCAGACCCCACGCUCAGCCAGGAUCCCACAUUUCGCGACGCCCCCAUGGCCCUCUACCUCGGCCAGCGGAACGCCAAGCAUUUUUUGUUCAAGGGAGCAUUGCAAGAUGUCCGCCUGGUGUCCGGCACUGCGGGUUACCUGCUUCAGUGUCCCCAGGCAGAGGCUGAGUGUCCUACCUGCGGCCAGUUCCAAGUCCUCUCUGACCGCGUGGAUCAGUUGCAGCAGAUGGUGGCAGAGCUGGCGACACGGCUGACUGCCUCGGAGGCCCGGCUGGCAGCGGUAGAGGAGUGUGACUGCCAGAGGUCAUGUCGGGUUAAUGGCACCGUCAGGCAGGAUGGUGCUACGUGGAAGAGUGGCUGCGAAAUUUGUUCUUGUGUGCAUGGUGAAGUAACUUGUCGACCAAUCCCAUGUCCAGCCAAGACUUGCAAGAACCCUGUGUAUACUGAGGGAGAGUGUUGCCCGGUCUGUUUAAAGCAAUGUUCACUGCAAGGUGUUGUGUACGACCACGGAGAGACCGUGUCCCCCCGCCAGUGUGUGGACUGCGAGUGUAGGGAUGGCAAGAUGCAGUGCCGAGGGAUUAAUCCCGAAGAAACUUGUCCUCGCCUUAAUUGUCCAGAAGAGGAGCAGUUUACAGUUCCAGGCCAGUGUUGUAAAUUCUGCCCUGGCGUUGACUAUUGUGCUCAAGGUCAUGAUUGUCAUGCCAACGCUACUUGUAUUAAUCUUCAGGCAACUUAUUCUUGCCGCUGCAACGACGGCUUCACCGGAACUGAUGGUCGGUCUUGUACAGACAUUGAUGAGUGCCGUGUGGUAGGCGCUCACCACGGCCACUACUGCCAGGCUCACACCAAGUGCAUCAACACAGUGGGCUCCUACUACUGCGAGUGUGAGGAAGGCUAUGUGAGGCAGGACGCCCUCAACUGUGUGGAGCGUGACGAGUGCCAGGAAGGUGCGCACCAGUGCCACCAACAUGCCUCUUGCACAAACACUCAGGGUGGCUACCACUGUACAUGUAAUGCCAACUACACUGGAGACGGCUUUCACUGCAAACCUAUCUGCAAGACUCCCUGUGAGAACGGUGGGGUGUGCAUUGCCCCUGGGGUGUGCAAGUGUCGGAGAGGCUUCAGGGGUACCGCCUGUGAGCUGGACGUGGAUGAGUGUGCGCUGGGGUUGCACCGCUGCCACCAGAACUCUCGCUGCGUCAACCUCCCUGGAUGGUACACCUGCCACUGCCUGCCUGGCUACACCUCCCUUUUGGCAGACAACAGUCACCAACUGCUUUGUCAAGAUGUGGAUGAGUGCAGCACCGGCACCGCCACCUGCCACGAGUCAGCCACCUGUGUUAACACUGACGGCUCCUUCCUGUGUACCUGUGACAAUAACACCACCUGCUCUCAUGGCUGUGUGGUGAACGGUGUGGAGCGGCCACACGGUGAUGUCUGGACUCCCCCCGGGUCUGAGUGUUCAAAGUGCAUGUGUUCAGAGGGGACCGUCACCUGCGACCGCUUCGCCUGCAACUGUACCGACCCCAAGGUGGAUCUGGCAUGCUGCCCCCAGUGUGAUCCCCAUGCCUCCUGCUCCCACCAGACCCAGCCCAAUGUCACCUACCGCAGCAGCCAGCGUUGGAUAUACCAGUGUCAGACCUGUGAAUGCCUUUAUGGAGAAAUUGACUGCUGGCCUUUGGAAUGUCCACCUGUGCACUGCUCAUCACCGGAGAGGGUGCCCGGGGACUGCUGCGCCCGGUGCCCCGACGACCCCUGCAUGGCACCGGACACCACCAACACCAGCCUCAGCACUGCCCUGAGGGAUGCUGCUCUCCCACAAGGCUGCCACUACCUGGGUGCUGUCUACCCUCCUGGUGCUGAGUGGGCAGCUCUGAAUGAUGAGUGUGUCACCUGCAAGUGUCAGAUGCCGUACUGCUGGGAGGGUGGAGGUCGGGGCGGUGCGGUCCGUGUACACCGAGUGGACAGGUGUGUUGCCAUUACCGCAGCAGGUGUGUGGGUGGUGGGCUAUGGGCUGCCCUUCCAGCUCUCCUCCAUGGUGCUUCGUGGGAUGGGAACACUACACCUUCUCAUCUGGGGGGUCCUGAUGUGCUUUAUAACUCCCCUGCUGCGCUGCUUCACCUUCCUGUGGCGGCUGCUGCUGAAGUUACCCAAGGCAUGGGUGGUGCCACCGUCAGCCUCAGGACUGCCAGACAGAAGCCCGUCAGGAGCCACCUGCACCAUGCCCGCUCUAUCCACACCGCGGCGCCCACCCGACCUGCCCCACUCCCUCAUGCCCCCCUGGUGGUGGGCACUAAAGUCCCUUUGGGCAACACUCCCCUGCCCCGUGAUGUGCCUCAGACAUUUGCCCCGCUGGGGACAACUAGUGAUAGUGACAUUGCAAAGACUAGUGUUAUGCCAAACAAUUGGCACCACAGACUUAUAUAUAAAAGUCCCAUCUCAUGGAUACGAUCUCAAAAAGCACAAUUCUUCAGGGAGCAUCAAGAGAGGCAGAGAAAAAGUGAGCCAUGAGUUAAUAAAGGCAAGAAAUGAAAAAUGCCUCAAUCAAAUUCCCAGCAGCAUCCAGCCCACCUGAGGCUGGCCAUGCCCCGCCACACCACGACUCCACAAGCAGCAGGCCUCCCCUGCCCUCACCCUCACCUGUGCCUCCCAUGUGCAGGCCUCAUGAGGAUAGCAGUCAGAGGAAUGAUCAAAUCAUACUCAAGCUAACUGUGGGAGCUGAACUUUGUUGAAGUAAAAGCAAAAAUUGUGAAAUUAGAAAACCCAGUUAUAUGAUCCAAUGUGUGAGGUGAAAGCAAGGGUGACAUCCAACUUUUUUUCUAAAUAGCUGUUUCACAGUUAUUAAUAUUGUGCAGCUCUUCUUAACAAGUUGUAUUGUUCCCAAGCCCUUUGCAGCAGCAGCAGCAGCAGCAGCAGCAGCAGCAGCAGCAGCUAUAGCAAGUUCGUAGAUCCCACACUGAGGUCUGCUGUAUCUAGUCCGCCUCAGCUGUAGCCUUGUCUGCCUCUGCCUGUCAAGCGUUAGUCUUCCUCAAGUCGUGGUCAGUGUUGCGGUGGUCCUAGGGAGUGAAGCGCCCUGAUAUAGUGUUCCUGGGACUGUCUGUUCUGUGUGUCCCGAUUUAUUGGCUUACAUUUAGACAUUCGGGAUAGUGUAAAGCGGGUGCUCGGAGGUAUGGUUGUGUUGUACAUAUCAUGUAUAUAGCAGUUAGGCUCCUCAGGCCAGUUAUUAUUUUGAUGAUCCAAAGUGAAUGUUGCCAUAGCCCAGAUUAAUUACUAUGAAAUGAUGCAAAGAAUCUUCACUUGUUUUAUCUCUGGUCAUUCCAUAUGCCUGCUAGUCAUGUUAGUCUUGUCUUAAUUUUGUUGCAUAAGGUACUGUCAUAUAGUGCAUUUACAACAUACAGGAAUAUACAUUCCUCUUGUCGCAUAAAUGAAAAUGUUGAGAUUUUAAAAGAAAUGCUCUCCCGCAUUCUAGUUAUAUAUUAUCAAGUCUCUAGUCAUUCCUAAUCAAUAUCGUGUACUACCUGCUGGUUAAACUGCCUACAUAAAGAUUGGAAAUAAACUGAGUAAUGUUAUCAAACACGACAUUAGCUCUGUCUUUACGUAUCUAUGUCUCAUCAACUUUUGUUACAUUGACAUAGAAAUAAGUCAGUCACUGGUGAUCAUUGGGUUUUGCAUGGUUGCAUCUACUGGUGCCCAGUCGUUGCCUGUGUGUCAGACUCAUUUGGUUCAGGUGGAGGAAGCACAGAAGCACAGUACCAGUCAGUGGGCAGCCAACUCAGGCGGCUCCACGUUAUAUUUUAUGCUUAAACUUGUGUUGAAAUGUCUGUGUCCUAAAGCCAUCUUAAUUUUCUAUAGAUUCAAUUCGUAUUUAUUUACUUCGGUUAUAUAUCCAAAAAUGUAAAUAAUAUAUAGUAAAAUAUCUGUAGAUUAAACUAUGCAAAAUAUAAACAUGUUACAAUUCCCGUAGUUAUCAAGUAGAAACUGACUCAGCUAAACAAUGUGAAAGGAUGCAAAAGUUUGACCAAGACUCGGACAAGUGCUGUGAGGGCGUGUGGUGGUGUGUCUUACCUGGGAGCGAGGAACUAGUGCAAGGUGAACAGUGGACACAUGACACUUAGAGGUAUUAUGUUUGUCUUAUACAUUGUACUGUCAUUGUUUUUAUUACUUCAUACAUGGUCACUUCCACACUACAUAGUGGAAGCAUUGUUUCCUUCAUUCCAGAACACUUCAGUAUGUGACAGCCAAGUUUUUUUUAUAUUUUUUAAAAUUUUUCUUAAUUUUUUUCAUCUCAAAUACACACACUGUUUUUAAUUUUCUUAAUACUCCCCAGGGGAUUCUCGUUGCUUUAUAUUACUGUUACUCAGAGGGCCGGGCAGCAGUCAUGGGGGACAGCUCAGGGUGGUGUAGAUGCCAAGCAGUACGAAUAUUGAGUUAGCAGUGGGUGAUAAAGACAUAAUAAAAGUAUGUAACUAUGUAUGUCAACUUUCAUGCUAAAUAAAAUAUGAAUAACUGCCUGAAGAAGGUGUUGCAUGGCAAGGAGUGUAGGAGUCAACCCAUGCAGUGGCUCCCAACCCCAGGGAAGGUUGCUUCAGUGGGAUGUGGAACAUGAAGGCUUCACUACUUCUUUGUUUGCAAAGAUUCACUUUUUGAGAAAUCACUGGUGUGUUAUUAAUUUGUGAUAAUGUGGUGUUUUGCAUUAUGUUUGUACAAAAUAUGUUUUAAAAGCCAACAAAUACAGAAAGUCAUAGUGUUCAGUAAGAAAUUAAUUAGUGCUAAUUUUUGGAUGUUGACAUUUAUUGCAGUUUCCACUGAGAGAGUCACACAGACCACACACUCGGGUUGGGAACCACUGCUGCAGAGUUUCAAAAUUUUGUAACCACUCUAAUCCUUCAGUCUAAUCAGGAAUGUCAUGUGAAGGCAGUGCUGCCAGUUGUCUUGUUUCUUGAAUUCCAGAACUCCUGACUCAGCUGAAAACAUGGCAUGGAAUCAGUCUCCAGGAAGCUGUUGUUGACAUUCACAAGAUAUUAUACAUUAAAUUUAAUGUAAUAAAGUUGACAUUUCGUUUGACAGACUAGUCAUAUAUAUAAUUUUCCAUUGUUCACCUAAGGAUAAUCAUUAAAGACAUCUACCUUCAGAUCUCAUAUUAAUGACAUGGUAAAUACAACUUUAUCGUAAUUUUACUAAAUGCUUGUGGUCUUAUGAUAACUUCCAGAUAUAUAAGUCUUCUUUUUA